AUUAAGCGUCUUAUCGAUGAUUGUUUUACUCUUCACAGCGUCGCGGGGUUUGAUGACACGCCCCCGCGUGUAACGCGCGUCCCUGCGCGCUGAUUGGCUGCGGGACGGACACUCGGUGCGCUCCGAUUGGCUGAGCGCCGCAGCAAAAGUUGAGCUACGGAAGCGGAACACGUCCGCCGCGGGACGGAGGCUUUUAACGGAGUUCCGAACGCCGUUUAAAAGGCUCUUUCUGCGCGUUCCAGCAUGGGCGGCGCGCCGCGGACACGCGUGUCUCUGCUCGGGUGCGUCGCGCUGUUCAUCGCCGCCGGGAACGCGUUCAGCCCCACGGACAGCGAGUUCACGUUCCUGCUGCCAGCGGCCAGCAAAGAGUGUUUCUACCAGAGCGCCGUGCGGAACGGCAGCAUCGAGAUCGAGUACCAGGUGAUCGCCGGAGCAGGUAUGGAUGUGGAUUUCUCCAUCGUCUCUCCUCAGGGCGUCCACCUGGUCUCGGAGUAUCGGCGUUCCGACGGCGUUCACAUGGUGGAGCCUGCGGAGGCGGGAGACUAUCAGAUCUGCUUCGACAACAGCUUCAGCAGGUUCUCUGAGAAGAUGGUCUUCUUCGAGGUCAUCCUGGACCACCCGGCCAAUGACGCGGGAGCGGACGACGAGUGGGCGGGGCUUGGGGAGCCAGAGAGCCUAUUAGAGUACAAGCUGGAUGACAUAAAGGAGUCGAUGGAGACGGUUCACCGGCGUCUGGAGCGUAGUCGUCAGAUGCAGACGGUGCUGAGGGCCUUCGAGGCGCGUGACAGGAACCUGCUGGAGGACAACCUGUGGCGGGUCUCCUUCUGGUCCUGUGUGAACCUGCUGGUGCUGCUGAGCGUGGCUCUGACUCAGGUCUACACCGUCCGCCGGCUCUUCGACGACCGGAGGAGGGUCUGCUCCUGAGAGGACUUCAGGACGUCUGGAGAAAUGUGAACGUGUGCCGUUAUCGUCCAAGGGAUUCUUCUGUACAGCUGUGUGUUUUUUUAAAGAGUUUUACACAUUAAAUCUAAUAAAAGGGUUGUAUGUUUGUA